GCCAGGCUGCGGGCGGCGCUCCCCGAAGCGGCGGCGGCUCCGCUCCGCUCCGCUCCGCACCCGCUCCGCACCGCUCGGCGCUGCCGCAGCCCCCCCAGCGCCCGCCGCCGCCGGGCCGCCCCCCGGCCGCCUCCUCCGGCGCAGGCUGCUCUGGGGCUCGAGGGCGAGCGAGAGGCAGAGCCGGCAGCACCCCGGGCAUCGGCAGCGAGCGCCCGGCCGGCCGCAGCAGCCCGGCAGCGGCUGGAAAUUUCGGCGAAUUUAGAGAGGGGAGGGAGAUCCUCGUCUUUGCGAAGCCUCCUCAAUGAGUGCCAGGCUCUCCAAGGAGUUGAGGCUGUCCCUGCCGCCCUGCCUCCUGAACAGGACGUCUGCCACCUUGAACGCCAGCAGCACCUGCAUCGCGCAAGUGGGUCAGCUCUUCCAGUCCUUCUCGUCCACCCUGGUUUUAAUCGUCCUGGUCACCCUCAUCUUCUGCCUGAUCCUCCUCUCCCUCACCACCUUCCACGUCCACAAGAGGAAGAUGAAGAAGCGGAAGAUGCAAAAGGCUCAGGAGGAGUACGAAAGGGACCACUGCACCCGCAGCAGCAGUAGUGGCAGCCGGCAGCACCCCGGGACAGGGGCGCGGGGAGAGGCACCCCAAGGAAGAGACAGCCGCCUGGGAAGACCCCCCCAGGACUCGGAGAUCCAGCGCCCCUCUCCCUCGGCAGCCCCCAGCUCCCAGCAGCCACGGGCUUCUUUGGACACAGCUGGCGCGGGGCUCUUGCAGACGGUGAUUUUGUCAUGAUGGUUUGGGGGAGACCUCGCGACGGCGCUGGUUGGUGUUUGUAAAUACCUGAGUGAUUAUUCUUGUCCCCGAAGAAGAAGAAAAAAACGUUGCUAAUUCAGACGAACGAACGAGCCCCCGAUCCAAGCGCAUGACAGAUCACAUUGCGUUUCUCAUUGACUGUGUGCAAGGAAAGGAUGCGUCUUUUUACCGGAGAAGGAGCUGCACUCAGCUGCCACACACCAUCGUCCACCUGGAGGAGAGGGUCAGGGGUGGGGGUCCCUUUUCCCCGGACGUCGUUACCCCAAGGACCAGGGCAAUCCCACUCUCCUGGGCUCCCCCUGCUCCCUCUGUCACCAUUGCAUGGCGUGGUUGGGGCACGGGUGAGGGGUGCAGGGGGUGAGGCAGGUCUGGCGGGCACCUCGGGACCCCCCGUCCCCUCGGAGCAGGGUGACAGCCCACCGUGGUCUCUCCUUCUGUGCCAGGACCUUUGCCCCUGUCCCACCCCUCUCACUCCUUUCCAGGACUGGAUAUUGUUUCGUGUAGAAAUGUCCACCCCCAGUUGGGCGUUAGAAAACUGCGGGCACCCCACGGCCCCGUCCCCCAGCCGCAGCGCUGAGCCCCCCGCCGUCCACCCAGCAGGAUGGGCAGAGCAGAGCAGAGCCUUCCUCUCCCCUCAGCAUCCCUCAUCUUCAAACACCCCCCGUGACACAGACCCCGAAACCCGGCACCGUUCUGCGUGGCGGUGCGAGGCGGUGCGCCCCGAGGGAGGGUGGCCUUGUCCCUCCUGGUGGUCCCCAAAGAAGCCUGGUUCUGCACCAGGCACCCCGCUCCGACUGCGCUGCAUUCACAGCUUCACCUCCCGGCAAGGAAUCCUGCAGCAGAACGGGGCUGGCUCCUACUUUUUUUUUGGCUGAUAUGUAUUUUUAUCCCUCCUAACCCAGUAGGCAGUUAAGGAUGCGCAACACUUAAUUUUCCCCCUUUUGGGGAGCAAACCAUGCGGUUGUGAAAAAUGUCAGCUCGUAAACCCCGGCAAAUGUUUAUUUCAGAAGUGGCUGGUGUGGGUUCUCCUGAGCACACACCAGCAGCUUUCUGUGUGUGGCAGGCAGGUGUGAGGGGCUGCUGGUGAUGUGGGUGCUGGAGGAGCCCUGGUACAGCGAAUGCGGCUUCGCUCAGCGAUUAAAUCAGUGCCCGUUCCUUGGAGGUGCCUUAGCAGAGUGCCGUGUCCAAACUUUGAGACAUCUCGUGUGGUAUCACAGCAGAGGCAGCCCUCUACUGUGCAGAUGAACAUCUAAAAAAAUACAGCAAAGGAAAAGUAAUCCCGAGGGAUUUCUUUUCUUUUUUUCCUUUCCUAUCCCGGCAUUCAAAGUGGUGCGAGGAGAUAGUAGUCCACAGUUCUUAGUGUUUUGUCCCCGCUCUGCUGUACUCUGCCUCCUGGCGUGGCUGCCAGGCUGGAAAACCCUGGGCACAGGCGGGGAGCAAAUGCUGCUCACCGAGGUAAAAGGAGGGAGGAGGGCGGCAGAAGCGCUCCCUAAUCCUUCGGCAGCACUAAAACGCGGAGGUUUCAGGGCAGCGCCUCUGUUACCCCGUUUUACCCCUUUCUGAUCUUGCCUGGCCUGAUGGGCAAUGACUGCUGGGUUUGGAUCCGUGUGUCCGACGCUGUGGGCAGGUGCUGUAGCAUCCCGCUCGCUCGAGGAGCUGCUCCGCCAGCCGAGGUUAGUGCGGGGACGUGCCUGGAGCCCACCGGGUUUCACGCUGCGGCGCAGCCGCACCAGUGGCCGAUGCUCCCCGGCAGCUGGUGCCACCAGAUGCUGAUGGCUCCUGCGUCGUUGCUGGGCGAGGAAAACGGGCUUUUGUUUUGUUUCCCCUAAUAAAGGAUGCAUGAACUUUUGUGUUUAACCUCCUUAUGCAACUGCAGCACGGUAUUGCACCACAGGGAAUAGAUUUAGGACAAUGAAGAGAGUUCAGUGAGCAGCAACGGAGCUUCCUGGUCGUUGAUCUCCACUAAAUAGAGAGAUAUUACUUUCCCCCUUUAUUUUGUGCCUUUUCAUAAAAACCAGUGUAUAAUUUCGAGUUUUAUAAAAGCAAUAAGAUGUUCCAGAUCACUUCAGUGCAUUUCUGGUUGAUGGUUCCACUUCUUUAGUGUCUGAAGUCAGAUACUCUUCCUUCUGCCUUAUGCACUCAAGGCAUGCAAUAAUUCCCCAGAAGUGUACUGCUUGUCACAUCUCAUUGCAGUUAUAAAAUUGCCCUAUUUUUGAAGAAAAAAAUAAAAAAAGAAGGAUGGAGAUACAUAUAUAUAUCUUUAUAUAUAUUACGGAUAUAUAGGUAUAUAUAUUAUUUAUAUUAUCUCAUGACACUAAAAAGUAGUUGCAAAAAAUGUAACUAGAGUUAAAAUGUUAUCAUGUAAACCUCUAUCCUCUGUUAAUUAGCUUUGAUUUAUUAUUUUAAUAUCUCUGUAUUUAUGUAAAUCUAUGUAAAUUAUGUGGUCUAUAAGUAAAAUUUCAUACUGACUUUAAUUUUAUCAGAACUGUGAGCUUCUUGUGGUGUCAUUUAAGGUUUUGCAUUUCUAAAGUUAAGUUACACAAGAUGCGAGAAGUUAUAAAUUCCUUUUAUCACACAGGAAUACUGCAAUAAGGUUCAUGCGUUCUCCCAGUACACGACCCUACCUUGAAGUAUUGUAAGCUUACGAGGUUUAAUUGAACGGUCUCAGGAGAUCCAGUUGAUACAAGGAGGACACGUAGGCUUUCGUUUUCAUGAAACAAUAAGCAAUCUAGGGAAUAAAUGUGGAUUUUUAAAACAGAGUUUAUGCUUGGAGGUUCUGUCAAAUCAAUUGCUUCAAAACCCUACAGCUACAGCUAAACUUCUGCACUUAGCAUUCAGUAUUAAUAAGGCUGAUGCUUCUUCCCUUUCCCCCUCCUUCUUAAACUAGAAAAGUGUAGGAAAUUGUUCAUAUUUCUAAAGCAUACAUUUUCAGCUAACUGUGAAACUGCCCAAAGGGUUUUGAAUCUACAUAUUUUAUGCAAGUGUAAUAUCUAUGUAUCUGUAUCCAUAUACUUAAAUAUUUUUGUGUAACCUUUUCUACGAUAUUUGAUAGAGAUGCUGGGUGAAUGCUUGAUCCAUUCUCGUACGUAAGGAAGGAUUUAUACCCUGACUAUGUGGACGUUCUUUUUCCUGCGAACUGUUAAAAAUUUGCACUGUAUUUUUGGCAAGUUACGUUGGAGCCUGGACAGCUGCGUGCUGGCUGCUGGAGAACAGACAGUCCUUCCUCUGGUAAGGGGCACGUCCUCUGGCUGGAUUUCCCUGCUUCAGAAUAAGAAAUCGGGGCCUGUUGCAUCUUGCAGGUGUAAGAAGAAGUGCCGUGGUGCUCACCAGCCCGGUCCGGUCGUCGUCCCACGGAAGGAGCACAACUGCAGUCGCUUAUUUUGUAGAGCCUCACCAAAGCUGGGUGGCAGCGCUGGGGCUGGACCAGCGAGCCAGCAACUCCUCAUCCUGCGGGGCAUCCCCAGAGCUUGCUGCUCCCCCGGGGCUCCGUCCAGCUCCCACUGACAGCAAUGCGAGUGGCAUCUGCUGACUGCGAAGGGACCUCGGGCCCGUCUGUCAUCCAGGCAACGGGUGACAGCAUCCCUCAUCCCCACUGCUUGCCAUGCUCGGCAUUUUGGUGGGGACAGGACCGCCUGGGACGCCGAGCCUGGCUGUGGUCAGCCCCGCUUCGCCGGCCCGUGGCAUGCUCAUGGAUCCUGCGUGGGUCACGGACAGGGAGAGGCAUUUCGUUCACAUGUAUUGGUCCAGCAUUUUUUUUUUGGAGGGGGUUUGUCUGCUGCAAAUGUAGUCUCUGAGAUGAGAUUUGCCAGCUUGCCAUCCAGGCGUGAUUUCGCUUUUGGUAAACCUCUCCCAGACAUAUAUCUGCACAUACACAGAUAUAUAUCUCUAAAGAAAUGCUGGACAAAAAGAACAGAGAUUCCACCUUAUAGGCAAAACUGUCCCAUGACAAAAACCUGUUUUAGUUUUGUUUGUUUUCUUUUUUUUUUUUUUUUCCUUUCCUGUUAGUUUUUAAUUCAUUUUAAAGGCUACUAUCUUCAAUGUAAAUAGCAAGUUACUAUGUGAUUAAUGUUUUCCACGGCAUUCCUGAGUAGUUGCUAUCUUGUUUCUGGAAAACUAUGUCCAGUGUUUUGAAGCAACUGUGCUUUUCUUGUUCUAUUGUUAUGAAUAUGAGUGCAACUUUUAUGUAGGGAGGAAAAAGAACGCGAUCUGACUCCUUAGACAGGACUGAAUUAUUAUAAAUCCAGUUACGGGAUUUGGUUGCUUUUCUUUCUAGUAGUCAUUUUCUCUGCACGUUUGUAUUUUUUCUAUGGGUAAUUGAAACCCUACAUUUUAAUAAGUACGCAAGCUAUGGAGGGUAACGCGAAAAAUGAAGUAGGAAACAUUCUUUUUCCUCUUUUGUGUAAAUAGCAAAAUUUAUAAUGACUUAGAUACCAUUUCAUUACAGUUCUCAUCUACAUAGAAGUUGGCAUGACUCGUAUACGAACCUUUAAUAACGUUUUUAUUUAUGUUAAGUAUUAGAACUACUUUUAUCCAGGACUGACUUUCUCAUCUCUUUCUGGUACCUAACUCUUUUUUCACUGAAGCCAAGUUUUCCAUCUGAUCACUAAAUAAAUUUCUAGUAGAACAGA